AUGGAGAAUGUAGCGGCGCCGACUUCGUCGCAAUCCGCACGGUCGGACAGCUUAGAGCCCAUCCCCGCGCUCGAGAGCUCGGAUGUGUCGAGUUCCGAGGAACAUAGCCCCCGCGAGCUUGACAUUCCACAUCUCGUCAUCCAGUUAAUCCAGUGUCGGCAUUGUUCGCGUCCACUGCACACUCCGCUUCGACUCCCGUGUGGAAAUACAGUCUGUCGAACAUGUCUACCAUCUGUACGGCCCCGGACAGGGAUUACUUAUCCUGUGGCGGAAGGCCGAGAAGAAGGGUUCACGUGCUACUGGGAAGGCACGGAUAGAUGUACUGGGGAACACUGCGUCGGGGACUGCGGAGUAGACGUCGUUCUUUCUAAUAUCGCUGGAGUCUUCCAGGAAGAGCUGGCACUUCCGAUUCCAGACACAGAGAGUGAGUCGCCACCGGAUGCCGCUGGUCGGGUUGUUCGGUGGAAGGCCCUCCCAAACGAUGCAAAAUCCUCAGACUACCAGAGUGUUCGGUUGAUGCAGAGAGGAUGGCUAUGGGGGUUGUAUUCCCUUGCCUGGGAAGGGCAGUUACCUAGCAAUCCGACCGAGGUGGUUUAUGAGCCAUCCGACGAUGGUUCCCAAGAGCAGAUCUGCGAAGCACAGGAUCGGCUUCGCUUUCAAAGACUCAGGGAUCGAUUGCGUGGGGAGCUGGACUGCCAAGUCUGCUAUGCUCUCAUAUUGGAUCCGCUGACAACACCGUGCGGCCAUACAUUCUGUCGCAAAUGCAUUGCUCGCGUUUUGGAUCAUACAGAUCUAUGUCCCAUCUGCCGUCGCAAAGUUGGCAUGCCUGCCGCUAUGCAAUCGGAGUCGCUCAAUCGCACACUUGUCAAACUAAUUGAUCAUUUCUUCGCCGACCAAAUCACCGCUAGACGUGAAGCAGUUGCGGCCGAUGAAAUGGGUACAGACCAUGAGAAGAACUUACCCUUGUUCGUGUGUACAUUAUCCUUCCCAACUAUGCCAACCUUCCUGCAUAUUUUUGAACCCAGAUAUCGGCUCAUGAUCCGACGGGUUGUGGACAAUGGAGAUGGCAAAUUUGGGAUGGUUAUGUACAACCGACGCAGUCGCUCACAAGGAGAUGAUCUGGGAAGUGUUCCAUUCAUGCAGUAUGGAACACUUCUCAUGGUUGAGCGUUAUGAGCUACUACCUGAUGGGCGCAGUCUUGUCAUUGCAACGGGGGUGUCUCGUUUCAAGGUCCUUGAAGCUGGCGAACUGGACGGUUACCACGUUGCCAGAACCGAGCGUGUGGAUGAUAUCCCACUGGCAGAGGAAGAGAGGCUCGAGGCGAUGGAAACCUCGGCUUCGGCAAUUCCAGAUCCAGAAGAGACAAUCUUCGAACCUCCGUUGAACUCGAUGUCAACUCAAGAGCUCCUUGAUCUUGGUCGCGAGUUCAUUCGCAAGCAACGGCAAACAGGAGCACCAUGGCUCCAUCCACGCGUAAUGCUUGCCUACGGACCAGUACCUACUGACGCCGCACGUUUUCCUUGGUGGUUUGCCAGUAUCCUACCCAUUGCCGAAGAGGAAAAGUACCCUAUUCUCUCUGCGAUGAGCGUCAGAGAGAGAUUGAAAAUUGCCGCUCGCUGGGCAAGAGAGCUGGAGGCUCGGGAUUGGUAG